GCCAACACAACUAACUGGGCCCCUUUCGUACCCACUGACUGUGCCCCGCCUCAAUAAAACCGUUUUCAGUCCCCUUUUCAUAAGGAGCUCUCGAAAACACCUCAUCAAAUCCGUUCUGGUCGGAAUACCGCUUUGUUCCUGUUGUGACAACAUGGCGAACUCUGGAGAGGGCUCCGCCGGCCAGAAGUCAAAGGUGGGCAAGGCCCUGCGGAAGAAGCUCGGCCAGGGCGGGUUCGUGCGAAUUUUGGGCUAUGCCACUUGGUUCGACCGCUUGCUCAUGACAUUAGCAGCUGCCUGCUCUGCGGGUGCAGGCGCAGCGCUGCCGAUUAUGACCAUUGUGUUUGGCAAGCUUGUCGGCAACUUCACGGGCUACUUCACGGCGGGAUCAGCCGUCACCGAGAAGGAGUUUCGCGAUGGCGUGGAUCGCAACGCCCUUUACCUUUUUUUGCUCUUUAUCGGCAAGUUCGUUCUUGGAUACGUCUCGACGUAUGCCUUCCGCAUGAGCGGCAUUCGUAUUUCGGCGGCGCUGCGCCUCGCGUAUCUUUCGUCGCUUUUCGAGCUCCCCGUUAGGUUCAUCGACAAGCUGCCGGCGGGCGAGGCUACUGACGCCCUGACGAAUACUGCAAACACCAUUCAGUUCGCCAUAUCAGACAAAUUGGGCUCGAUGGUGCAAGGCUUCUCACUUGUGAUUGCGGCCUAUGUCAUUGCCUUCGUCUACUCGUGGAGGCUGACACUUGUAUCAAGCUCGGUCAUUAUCUUUGUCACCACCAUGCUGAGGAUCACAACGCCUCAUCUUAUGAAGCACUACAUUUCGAUAUUUGGGAUGAAUGCGGGGGCAUCUGGUGUAGCUGGUGAGGUCCUCCGAGGGAUACGGACCAUCAAAUCGCUUGGUGCUGAAGAGGAGGCUAUGCGAUGGCACAGUAAGUUCCUGGACCUUGCCCAAGUAUCCGGGUCUAAGCUGUCCAUCUGGGUGUCGAUGCAGUUCUGGCCGGCUUUCUUUGCCACGUACGCAAAUAUGGCACUUACCUUCUGGACUGGCGUCAAGUUCUACUCAGAGGGCUUGAUCCCAGGCGUCGGCAAUCUUACCACUGUCCUGUUCGCGGUCUUGAUUGUCCUGGCAGGAAUGGGCAACAUCUUCACACCCUUGCAGUCAAUCAUCCGAGCCUCUUCCGCUUCAGUCUCAGUCUGGAAAAUUAUAGAUGCGCCGAAGCCGAAGCCCGGCGGGCUUCAGCCACCCGAUGUCAAGGCUGAGGAGGAUGUCAAAUUCGAGAACGUGCGAUUCACGUAUCCCAGUAGACCCGAGGCAGAGAUCUUGAAAGGUGUCAAUUUUACGAUAAAGAGUGGGCAAGUAACCGCCUUUGUCGGUCAUUCUGGCUGUGGAAAGAGUACAAUUGUCGCGCUGCUGGAAAGGUGGUAUGAGCUAUCGGACAUCAACGAGGCACUCUCCAAUGCGGCCACGGCGACUCAGAUUAAAGUUGAAGCCCCGAUAACAGACGGCUCGGAGACGAGCGACUCUACGGGGAUCAGGGAGAACAAAGUUGAAGAGAAGAGCGAGAGUGGCGUGGAGAGCGAGGCUGGCGUGUUUCAGAAUGCCGGCCGGAUCCUGGUCGGUGAGCGCAGCCUUGAGGAGAUCGAUCGCAAGUGGUGGCGGUCUCAGAUCGGUCUCGUACAGCAAGAGCCAGUACUUUUCAACGAGACCAUCUUCGAGAACGUGUCCAAAGGCCUUCUUGGUUCUCAGUGGGAGGAUGCGCCACGUGAAGAGAAGCUUCAGCUGGUUGAGGAGGCAUGCAGAGAAGCGUUCGCGGAUGAAUAUAUUUCAAAAUUUCCCCAGGGCUACGACACCGUCGUGGGCGAGAGCGGGAUAAAACUAUCAGGAGGGCAGCGACAACGUUUAGCCAUUGCACGCAGCAUCAUCAAAAAGCCUACGAUCCUGAUCCUUGACGAAGCGACGAGUUCGAUCGAUGUUCGCGGUGAGCAGCUCGUCUCUGCAGCUCUAGACCGUGCAUCUAGAGGAAGGACGACUAUCGUCAUAGCGCAUCGUCUGUCUACAAUCCGACGUGCUGACCACAUCGUUAUACUUCAAGAAGGCAGGGCCAUCGAGGAGGGGACGCACGAUGAACUAGUAGCCAAAGAAGGCGGCCUCUACUCUGACCUUGUUCAGGCAUCAAACCUUGAGUUUGGCCACCACGAAGAGGAAGCACUGAUUCAACAUGAAGAAGGCGAGUCCGAGACGUCACAUCUCGAGAAGCAGCAAGACUCUGUGCAGGAGCAUAAGAGCCUCAACAGCGUAUUGCAUAAAGUGAAAGCAAAAGUAUCCUUCCGAUCGGUCGGAUAUUUGUUGAUUGAACAGAAGCGCUACUACCUUCUCUACUUCUUCGCACUUGCUGGCGCGAUGGGCGCAGGUGCUGCUGUACCCGUACAAGCUUGGGUCUUCUCGCACAUCAUCACCGUCUUUCAAGAAACCGACAAACACAAAUUAGAAGACGAUGGGAGUUUCUGGGCUCUGAUGCUCUUUAUCCUAGCCAUUGCCGCGGCCAUCUCCUACGCCACUAUCGGCUACUUCAGUAACACAAUUUCUUUCCGCGUUAGCACGGUGUACAGGAAAAGCUACUUUGAAAGCGUUGUUAUGAAGCCGAUUCAUUGGUUCGACGACGAAGACCGCUCGUUCGGCACUUUGACUGCACAGCUUGGGAGCGAUCCUCAACAGCUUCAAGAGUUGCUGGGUGUUAAUAUCGCUUUCCCGCUCAUUGCUAUCUUUAACCUCAUGGGCUGUACCAUCGUCAGCUUCGUCUUUGGCUGGAAACUGAGUCUAGUGAUCUUCUUCGCCUCGCUUCCAGUCAUUCUGAUUGCGGCUUUCUUCCGCAUCCGCUACGAGAUGUUAUUUGUCGCUAUGAAUGAGAAAGUCUUUGCAGAGUCGAGCAAGUUUGCCGCUGAGGCAAUCACUUCCUUCCGGACCGUUACGGCUCUGACUUUGGAAGACGCCAUCUCAAAAAGAUACAAGUCACUGUUGGAUGGACAUAUCCACGAUGCCUUCCUGAAGGCUCGGUUCACUAUCCUCGUCUUCGCAUUGAGCGACAGCUUAGAAUUCUGCUCGAUGGCUCUCGGCUUCUGGUAUGGAGGCCGACUGUUGGCGACUAGAGAGUAUGACUCUAUGCAAUUCUUUAUCAUCUACGCCGCACUCAUCCAGGGCGCUCAAGCCGCCGGACAGUUCCUUGCGAUUGGACCGAACGUUGCCAAUGCUACUGCGGCAGCCAACCGCAUCAUCGCUUAUCGACAAGGUUCUGAAUCCAUCUCUGCCAAGAAGAGCGACAACGACAACGACAAACCUACUGGUUGCAAACUCGAAUUCCGCAAUGUAGGCUUCCAAUACCCAACUCGAGACGUACCAGUCUACAGAAAUCUCUCAUUUACUAUUGAGCCGGGACAAUUUGUGGCUUUUGUAGGCCCAUCAGGCUGCGGCAAGACGACCAUCGUCUCGUUGCUCGAACGCUUCUACAACGUCAACACGGGCUCCAUUCUCAUCAACGACCAAAACAUCACCGACCUCCCUCUAUCACACUACCGCAGCCUAUGCGGCCUAGUGUCGCAAGAGCCCACUCUCUUCGACGGGACGGUACGAGAGAAUCUCAUCCUCGGGCUACCAUCCGGAUCCGCUACUCCACAAGACGCCAUCGACGCUGCAUGUAAGGCAGCUGAAAUCUACGACUUUGUCGUGUCACUCUCUCAAUCUUUCGAUACACCCCUCUCUGCAGGCAUGCACUCAAGUCUCUCGGGCGGCCAGAAGCAGCGCUUGUGUAUUGCGCGAGCACUUCUGCGAAACCCGCAACUGUUGAUGUUGGACGAAGCGACCAAUAGUCUUGACAGCGUGAGUGAGGGUUUAGUGCAAAAGGCUAUUGAGCAGCUGGGCGGCAGCAGGGCGCUGACGAUCAUUGUGGUCGCACAUCGAUUGGCGACGGUGCAGCGUGCGGAUCGCAUCAUUGUCAUGGGUGAGGGAGGUGUAACUCUAGAGGAUGGCACGCACAGUGAAUUGAUACAGAAGAAAGGCGUUUAUUGGGAUAUGUGUAAGGCACAGGCCUUGGAUCGGUAAAAUCGAUGUGGAAUUUCAUUGUUUGCUCUUCGGUUACAGCAUGGCGAGCUCUACGGACGAGUAGAAAAGCACGGGUGGAGCAUUGUUCGUCAUGUGGAACACUCGACAGAGGUCAGGACAGCAAAAUACUCUUAGCGGUAUCCGCUGUGACAGCGGCGUUGAGUGUCUACGGAUGCAAUCUAGCUCAUCUAAGAGAAGCGAAGAGGGGAGCCCAAUCACCACUCUCAUCGUCCCAUUGUUGUUCGAUUAACAAAGAAGUUUCGCGUGGGUUCCAUCACUACGAGACUCUCUUGUAGGCAAUCCACCAGGUCACC